GAAUUCCCGGGACCAGAGCAGCCCCAGCACCGCGACCAGGCCGGAGGGAGCAGGAUUUCACCGGCACCGGAGCCCACAGACGCCGAGCAAGCACCUGAAACUUCCAGAGCCCGCAGCCCCCGGGUUCGCGCCCUCUCUUCCGCUGUCCGCGCCUGCGCGCCGUUUAAACCCUCCCGGCCUCGGCUCGCACCUCGGGGCCCUGCCCCUUCCCGUUCCGGGACGCCGGCCGCUGGGUCCUAAAGACCACCGGGUCCUAAAGGGCUGCGGGGCUUCCAGCCGGAAGGCGUGGAAGGGAUCCCCUGGCAGCCUCCAGCUCUCGGCUCACCACCUGACCACGUGUCCUAAAAGGAAGAGAGAGGAAACUUAAGUAUUUUCUCUCCCCUCUCUUAAUUAGCAAAACUUAUCCCCUUUACAAGGAUUCUUAUAGGAGCUUCAGGCUUCCCGGAGGUCGAGGCACAUGGUAUUUACUUAAAGAUAGAGGAUCAGCUGAGGGCUGAGACCUGUGUCCCCAGAGGAGCGGGCUUACUGGGGGAGCAAGCUUCUAAAACUUGCUGCUGUAAAACGAAAGAUUAAAUGAGCUCCCAUCACACUCAAACGCGAAUGCCUGCUUCCUCUUUGAAACAGGUAUUUAAAGCAUGCGAUGAAGAUAACAAAGGAUAUCUAAGCAGAGAGGACUUUAAAGUCGCUGUCGUAAUGCUGUUUGGGUACAAGCCCACCAAGAUAGAAGCUGAUUCCGUGAUGUCUUCAGUAAAUCCAAACACUUCCGGCCUAUCGCUCGAGGAGUUUUUAAGUAUUGUAAGAAAAAAGAAGGAAGUUCAACUCCAUCAGAGUGAAAUAAGACACAUCUUCACAGCUUUUGACAGACACUAUCGUGGAUAUUUAACUUUGGAUGAUUUCAAGAAAGCAUUUAAGCAGGUGGCUCCCAAGUUAUCCGAAAGGACUGUUCUGGAAGUAUUCAGGGAAGUAGAUCAAGACUCGGACGAUUUUGUGAGCUUUAAAGACUUCGAAUAUGCCAUGAAGUGUGGACAGAAUGAAGCCUAACUAUGGUGAACUGCAUUUGGCAACUUCUAGGGAGACAAGUAGAUUGCUCAUGUAUAUUUCAACAUCAGGCUCCGCCCCUCUGCUCUGCUAACGAUCUAAUAAUGCUGCGUACUUGUGAUUAAACUCUUGGUCAUGGUUUGCAGAUGCUGAUA